UGGGAUGGAAGAACCGGCGGGCGAGGUCAGUGUGGGCCCGGGAAAGGGUGUUGGGCUGACUGGCUGUUGCGAGGGUUUCUUUCAGGCGCGGCCAGUGACCAGAGACAGCCAUAUCUGAGAGAAUGCGGCAUCCGUAGGCCUGUCUUUCUGCAUGUCCCGAGGUAGAGCCAACCACUUAGCCGAGAGCACGGUAAUUUAAUCCGCGAGGCUGGUCGGCAGCCCAUAGACUGGCCCCAACACAGUUACAGUCAGCUGGGCCUGUUUCCCCAUCACUCGGUCUCUAGACCGAGAUCCUUUUUAACUGGAUAUACCCUUGCAACCUUCAGUACGUACAGCAGGAAGUACUGCCCAAUUUCCCUUUUAAAUCUGAAGUAAAUGCAUUUGCACUUAAAUCUCCUGCCCUGGGGCUCGCUAAUCUAUUAAGUAUGUAAUCAUUCUUUGCUCGCUCUGGGCAAUCUUGGCCACGUCCAAGAAAGCGCACACUAGCCUCAGGAGUCCAAAAACAUUUGGCACGUCCUCUUUGAGCCUCAGCAAUUUUUAACGAUGCAGAAUAUCCAAAUGCAUCGCGGCUUAGUAUGAAAGCUGCUCUGCCUGUGACCACAAGAAACUGCAGGACGUUGUGGACACAGCUCAGGCUGUAAUGGAAACCAGCCAACCAGGCAACAUAGUCGAAGACCCCAUCACUCCGGACAUCCUCUUCCCCGCCCUCCAGUCUUUUUUGGGCAGAAGGUACAGGAGCUUGAAAGAAAGCAGCAGGAUUAAGGACAACAUCUACACGCUAAAGUUAUUGAAUGCUCUCCUGGCAGCAUCUGGGAGUAUUAUCUUGAGGGAUUUGAAGGUGAUUGAUACCAUGGAAUUGCCAAACUACAGCAGGCAGCUCAUGCAGCAGCUGUACACCUUGAGAAAAGAGGAGCAAUUCUGUGAUUGUACCCUGUUCAUUGGAAACACCAAGUUUAGAGCACACAAGCUUGUGCUGGCUGCUUCCAGUUUGCUAUUUAAAUCUCUCCUGGAUAACACAGACACAAUUUCCAUUGACCAAGCUGUAGUGUGCCCAGAAGAGUUUGCUGUUCUUUUGGAGAUGGUCUAUACAGGAAAAGUGCCUCCGGGAAAGCAUAACUUCACAAAAGUUGUUUCUGUUGCAGAUAACUUGCAAAUGUUUGAUAUUGCUGUAAGCUGCAAGAACAUUGUGGCAAACCUCAUGAAACACACCGCAGCAAAUGAGGUGCAGGUUUCUCCUCUUGCCGAAAAUGAAGUGACGCAGCAUAUAAUCGCACAGAAACCAGCUGGCACAGACAAGCAUUGGUUGUCACAAGAAUCAGGGAAAAAUGAAGUAUCUGAUUCUGGUAAUGCCGAAGUCUCAAUGAUUUCAGACCAGAGCAUUCCUAUGAAAAGAUUACGUUGCACUGGCACGGUAGACUUUGUAGAGACGACACUUCCCUUUGAAGAAAAUGUUAUGUUUGCUGAUAAUGUUGAACCAAAACAAGAUGCAGAAUGCAAACAAAAUUUACCAGAAGGAAGUACUGAUGAUAGCCAGGACAUCUGUAGUUCUUCGGAUGGUGUUGGAAUGAUCAGUGAAGAGACGGUUCCUGAAGGAUCCAAUAAGAAGGAGAAGCCUGUGAUCCCAGAAGAAUUUAGGAAUCUCACAGAACAGGAAUUCCUAUUACAGCAUAAACAUGAUCUUGCAGAAGCAGUCCAGGACCUGCAAGCUUUAGUGGAUUCUGUAACCAAAUGUGAUGACAUCCCAUUACCAGAGAAAAAGGUAUUUUUAGACUGCUGUAAAGAAGCAGAAAGUAGUGAAGUUUUCAGCAGAUUACUGGAUAAAGUUACAGAAGAGAAGACUUUGCAACUAGAAACUCUGCUAUUUGUGCUUGAUCAAAGUAAAGAAGCUUACCCCAGACUAAAAACUGUGCUUCAGAACUUAAACCAAAAUCUGCCCAUAGAACAUUUAAUACUAACUGGGCGUAUAGAUACUGAAGAUUUUUUGCUCAACCUUUACUUACACAAAGAAGUAGUCCUGGAAAGUGUGACAGACUUGAGCCCUUUAUUGGCCUGUCUUGAUUCUGCUGAAGGAGCCGUUUUCAGUGAAGAGGAUAAAAAGGUGAUUGCUGAAUGUUGUCAGGGAGAGACGGCCAGAGACGUCGUGGCUAAGCUAUUGAUGAAAGUAAUUGAAGAGGGGCAGUUGAGUGCUGAGACCACACUAAAUCUUCUUCGAAAGAUGAAAGAGGUUUACCCUGUUCUACAGUCUUUACUGAGGACUCACACAACUGAACCAGGAAUAACUACAAAGUCAGAAGUGAAGAACCUGGAAGAUUUUGCAUUUGGCUUGCUCAGACGCUAUCAAGAGAACGUUGUUGAUGCGGUGACUGAGCUACAAACCCUGCGCAACACCUUGUCUAUUUGUGAGGAUAUAUCUGAUGGUGAUAAACAGAGAAUUCAAGAUCUUAUUAAAGAGAAAGAUGUGGUGGAUUGCAUAAGUAAUUUGAUGGAAGCAGUAUUAGAAAAACGAACACUUACAGCACUCACUCUUUGGAAAGUGCUCAUCCGAAUGAAAGAGGAUGUGCCAAAGCUUAGCACUCUGCUGGAUGAACUCCAGAAAGAACCAGAUGGUCUCCAACUCAUUUUAUCAGUGAGUGAUGAGGAAAGUAAAGCCUUCAAUAUUUUAAAAAGUCAUAGACAGUUGAUCAUCAAUACGAUUGAAGAUAUCAGUCCUCUGCUGGAUUGUUUGGUACCUGGUGUAGAAAAUCUUUCCACUGAGACAAUUGAGAUUUUGAAGAGUUGUUGUUUCAAGGAUACUGCUGGUCAGUCAUCAGAAAGUAUUCUGGGCAAAAUUCUAGAUGAGCGACUCAUUCCUGCUUUGGUAUUUUGUAAACUCUUGCAUAUGAUCAGUGAGUCCUAUCCGUCCCUUGAAUUGGUAAUGAAGACCAUGGAAAAUGCAGGACUAUUCAAAGAAGCAAUGUGUGAUGUGGAGGAGGAUCAGAAAGAAUACCCAAUGGAUCAGGAAGAAGGAGGUGAAGAACUUGGGGAGCACCCUGCCAACACUGAACAUGUUAAGGCAGGAAGCAGUGAUCCAGCAGAUGAGAUGAAACAAAAGUGUAAACCCCGAGGAAAGCAGGAUUUAUGUUGCACUGCAUGUGGCAAGACUUUCAUGUUUAAAUGUCGUCUUGACCUACACCUCACCCGCUGUCGCAAAAUUGGUUUGGUUAAAGCUGGUAACUGUCAGGAAUGUGGAGAAACUGGGACUUCCCAAAAGGAUUUAGAAAAGGACAGAGAAGAUGCCCAUGAUGCGCCAAAAGGAAAGAAGAGGAGGUUACCAGUAUCUUGUGACAUCUGUGGGAAAUCCUUUGCUCAUCAAUCAGGAAUGCAAUAUCAUAAGCGCUCUGAUCACUUCGAUGAGAAGCCUUUCUCUUGUAAUGACUGUGGGGCAAAAUUUGCAGCAAAUUCCACACUGAAGAAUCACAUGAGACUCCACACUGGAGAGAAGCCAUUCUUCUGCAAACAUUGUGAUAUGACAUUUAUGCAGGCUGCAGCUUUGGCCUAUCACAUGAAGAAAAAACAUUCAGAAGGAAAAAUGUACGCAUGUCAGUACUGUGAUGCAGUGUUUGCACAGUCAAUUGAAUUGACACGCCAUGUACGGACACAUACUGGAGACAAGCCAUAUGUCUGCCGGGAAUGCGGCAAAGGGUUCAGCCAGGCCAACGGGUUGUCAAUGCACCUGCGCUCCUUUCACAAUAUUGAAGACCCAUAUGACUGUCAAAAAUGCCGGAUGAGUUUUCCAUCUCUAGAAGACCACAAGAACCACAUCCAGAAAAUCCAUCCUCCUGAGUACAAUCCCUGCGAUGUUUGUGGCAAGAAUUUUAGUGCACCAUCGCUUCUGGAAAGACACAUGGUCACACAUGUAGGUGGAAAACCAUAUAACUGUGAAAUUUGUGACAAGGCUUAUCAGCAAUUGUCUGGACUGUGGUAUCACAAUCGAACUCGCCACCCGGAUGUCUUCGCAGCACAAAACCACCGCUCUCCAAAGUUUGCCACUCUGACUUGCUCUGCAUGUGAGAAAUCUUUUGCCAGUAUAACAGCUCUGAACAAACAUAUGAAGUCUGACCAUUCAGAUAUUAGGAUGUUGGAGUGUGAAGAAUGCAAAGAGACCUUUGCUUCACAAGCAUUGUUGCACGUACAUACAAAGUCCAAGCAUUCAGGGAUUCACCCAUUUAAAUGUUCAUACUGCCCGUCAACAUUCAGAUUUCCUGGAGCGCUGCAGCAUCAUUUGAGCACAGAACAUCCAACUCAGCAAAGUAGCACUUCUCUUUUGGGGGAUUGUGCCCAAUUGUUCAGUUCUCAGCUGGACUUGGACGAAUAUCAAAGGAGCAAGCAUGCCAAAAUAUUGGUUGCUAAUGUUCAGGAGGCAACUCAAAUGGUUAUCCAAACAUCUGAACAGUUGACAACUACCCAGCAGGUGAUAUCGGUGGAGGAGACUCACCUGACCGGUGUUGAAUCACAGGUAUAUGUGGCAUUGCCCGAUUCACACAAUGGUUCAUCAGGACAACAUGAAAUUGUGGCUCUGAAAGUGGACGAUAUAUUAGAUGGAACUGUGACACUCAUCUGUGGAGAGACCCAAUGAGAAUGUGUAAAGAUAAUUGUCCAAAGCACAAUUGGAAGACUUCAGGAAUGUUAACAGAGCAUUGUCUUUUCAUCUUGCCUAGGAUCACACAUCAUUUCAAUUUGUAGAUCUCAAGAGAGUGCUUUUUGCAAUGACUUUAAGGUUUUGAAACCUGUUAUCGCUAAUGUCUUGCAACUCCUGAAUGUUUGUAGAGACACAGUAUCCUACAGAGGAAAGGUUGUUGGGCUGAAGCUACAGUGAGCCUAGUAGCAAUAGCACUGUGUGAUCUCCUAAAGCCUGGUUCGCUUUAAACAGUAGAGUAUCUUGGGCAAUAGUGGAGGGUGUUUUAAAAAAGAAGUUCAUAUUGACAGUAUAAGGAAUGAAUCACCUGGACCAGACGUGAUCAGAAGUUCAUCCUAAGGUGGUGUAGCAAAGAAGGGGAAUAUCUGAAUUUUUCCAGGCAUUCCAACAUAGGGAGGUGCAAGGCCAGAGUUUUUCCCUGCUUAUAGGCUGACUACCUCUGUCCUUGAGCACUGGAUGUUCUUUGAUCUAAAAAAAAAGAUGACUGUAGUCUCAGGAGUAAUUUAUCUUGGGUACAAUUAAAAUAUAUUAAAGAAUGAGGGCCUUUGUGUUGCUGAUUAACAAGAUAGAUUUGAAUACAGAAAAACCUCUGGAUUAUUCAGUCGCUUCUGUUAUUACUCACACUUAGGGAAUUAGUUCACAGCAGGGACCACAUUUGAAUUAAUGCUUCUGCCUUGCAACUCUGGUUUAUGGUGGCCAGCAUGUGUAACAUAAUUUGCAAAAUGUUUCAGGUUGGUGGUAUUUACAACUAGUCCAUUGAAUAAACAAAGAGAGUUAUCCAUGUUAUUGAUGAAUUACACACUAAAUGGAUCAGGUUUUUUUUCCAAAACCAACUUUAAUAGACUGCUCUUAAAACUUUAAAAUGACUGAAUAGAUGUCUUCAUCAUUUGAUGCACUGAAGUAAAGAGGAAUUGGGCUACCAUUUUGUUUUCUCUAAAAAUAUUCUUUCUAUACUAGUCUAUUUGGAUUCAUGCUGGAUGCAAUUACACUUCCUGUCUUGUGUCAAUUCACUGCAUGUACAUUUUCCGAUAACCACUACCAAUCUUUCUGAUAGAACAUAGACCAUAGAUCCUCAGCCCAUAAUGUUGUCCCAGAUCUAUGAAAUGAAUAAGCAAAUAGCUAACUGAACAAAUCCCUUCUGCCUACAGAAUGUCCAUAUCCUUCCAUUUCCCUCACAUUCAUGUGCCUAUCUAAAGGUCUCUUAAGAAAUCUCUAUGUGCCUCUAGAGUACUGUGGAAAAGUCUUAGGCCUCAGAAAAAAAUAUUCUGUGAAGAAAAGGUACUGCCAAAAAUCAUGAAAUGAAAAGUUUCUAAAUAUCAAAACAUUUUACCAUAAAGAGCAGUAAAAAAAACCUAAAUCAGCAUUUGGUGUAACUACCCUUUGUCUUUAAAACUGCAUCAAUUAUCUUGGGUACACUAGUGCAGUUUUAUAACAAAAUCAGCUGGUUGGUUGUUCCAAGCUUCUUUGAGAACUUGUCACGUUUUUUUCUGCUGACUUUGGCUGGCUGUCUCAUUGCUAUCUCUGCAGGUAAUCCCAGACAGCCUUGAUGAUAUGAAAAUCAGGGCUCUGUGGAGGCCUGUUGCAGAAAUCCUUGUUCUUUUCAUUGAAGAUGGUUCCCUACUGCAACUAUGCAGUAGUCUAGGCAGUUUCUAGAGUAGGUUACAUUGUGGGGCAAAGGGCCUGUAAUGUGCUGUAGAUUUCUAAGUUUCUGUAGCACAUGCCAUCUAAUCCAGGCAGCAUCCUGGUAAACCUCUUCUGCAUCCUCUCCAAAUCCUGCUUUAGUGGUGCAACCAGAACAGUAUGCAGUACUCCAGAUACAGCCCAGCUGGAGUUUUGUAAAGUCAUAGAAAAGUACAGCACAGAAACAGACCCUCAGCCCAUUUAGUCUGUGCCAAGCCAUUAAAUAGACCUGAUACCCCUCCCAUCUAUGUAUUUAUCUAAACUCCUCUUAAACAUUGAAAUCGAGCUUGCAUGUACCAGUUGUACUAGGAGCUUGUUCCACACUGUCAUGACUGUCUGAAGAAAUUUCCCCUCGUGUUCUGCUUAAGUAUUUCAUUUUCGUCCUUAACCCAUGACCUCUAGUUGUACUCCCACCCAUUGUACUCAGUGGAAAAAGCCUGCGCAUUUACCCCCUCUAUACCCCUCAUAAUUUAGUAUACCGCUAUCAAAUCCCCCUCAAUCUUCAACUUAGCAUCCCAUUUCCUGUACUCAAUAUUUUGGUCAGUGUGCCACAAGCUUUCUUUACAACCCUGUUUCCCUGUGCUGGCACUUUCAAUGAAUUAGGGACCUGUAUUCCCAGAUUACUUUCUUCUACCACACAUCUAAGUGUCUUACCAUUUAACGUACAAGGCCUACCCUGGUUGGUCUUCCCAAAGUGAAACACCUCACAAUUUGCGUUAAAUUCUCUCUGCCAUUUUCAGCCCAUUUUUCCAGAUGGUCUUGAUUCUGCUGCAAGCUCUGAUAGUCUUCCUCACUGUCCACUACACCUGAAAUCUUGGCGUCAGUUGCAAAUUUGCAGAUCAAGUUAACCACAUUGUCAUGCAGAUUGGUGAUUAUAGAUGGCAAACAACAAUGGACCCAACAUAAUUCCUGCAGUGUACCCAUUAGUCACAGGUCUCGGGUCUCUAGUCAGAGAGGCAACAUCCACAACCAUGUCUUCUCCCACAAAGCCAAUGUCUAAUCUAAUUUACUACCUCAUCUUGAAUGCUGUGCGACUGAACCAUCCUGACCACUCUCCCAUUCAGGACCUUGUCAAGUACCUUGCUAAGGUCCAUGUAGACAACAUCCACUAUCUCGUCUUCAUCAGCUUUCCUGGUAACUUCCUCAAAACUCAGAGGUUGGUUAGACAUGAUCUACCCUGCACAAAGCCAUGCUGUCAAUCCCUAAUCAGUCCCUGUCUAUCUGAAUACUCAUAUAUCUGGCCUCUUAGAAUACCUUCCAGUAACUUACUCUUUACUAAUAUCAAGCUCAUUGAGAUAUAAUUUCCUGGUUUAAUUUUAAAUCCUUUCUUAAGCAAUCUAUUAGCUAUCCUCCAAUCUUCCAGUACCUCGUCUGUGGCAAAGGAUGACUUAAAUAUCUCUGCUAGGGCCCCUAUAAUUUCUGCAAUUGCUUCCCUUAGGGCCCAUGAGUAUACCUUGACAAGCCCUGGGAAUUUAUCCUCCUUAAUUUGCCUAAAGGCAUCAAACAUCUCCUGUGAAAUCUAUAUAGGGUUCAUGACCUUGCUGUUGAUUUACUUCACUUCUAUAAACUCUGUGUCUGUCCCCUGAGUAAAUGCAAAUGCAAAAAAUCCAUUUAAGAUCUCCCUCCAUCUCUUUUGGCUCCAGGCAUAGAUUACCAUUCUGAUUUCCCAGAGGACCAAUUUUAUUGCUUUUAAACUUUUGCUCUUAAUAUCUCUGUAGAAGCUGUUAGGAUUCUCCUUCGCCUUGUCUGCUAGGGCAACCUCAUGCCUUCUUUUAGCCCUCCUGAUUUCUUUCUUAAAUGGUCCUCUUGCAUCUCCCAUUCUCCAUAAGUACCUCAUUUGUUCCUACCUGCUGAUAUCUGCAAUGUACCUCUUUUUUUCCUCUUAACCAGGGCUUCAGUAUCUCUUGAAAACCAAGGUUCCUGAAACCUGUUAUCUUUACCUCCUAUCUUGAUAGGCACGUAUAAAGUUUGUACUCUCAAAAUUUCACUUUUGAAGACCUCCCACCUACCAAAAGUGCCAUUACCUGAAAACAGCCUGUCCCAAUCCGCAUUUGCCAGAUCCUUUCUGAUACCAUCAAAAUUGGUCUUUCUCCAAUUUAGAAUCUUAAUCCGUGGACCAGAUUAUCCUUUUCCCAUUUUUACUUUGAAAAUAAUGGUAUUCUGAUCACUAGAUGCAAAGUGUUCCCCUACGCAAACUUCUGUCUCCUGCACUAUCUCAUUGCCUAAUAGAUCAGAUAAUGCACAUUCUCUCUUUGGACUUCUGUGCAUUGAUUAAGGAAACUUUCCUGGACACAUUUUACAAAUUCUGUCACAUCUGGUCCCAGUCAAUAUAUGGAAAGUUAAAUCAACUAUACAAACCUUAUGUUUCUUGUAACAGUCUCUAACAGUUAACUGUUAGCCCAAUUAACAUGGUUGUACCUUUCUUAUUUCUCAGUUCCACACAUUAAGCCUCAGUAGACGAGUUCUCCAGUCUGUCCUGACUGAGCAUUGCCAUGACAUUUCCCUUAAUUUGUAACGCCUCUCUUCUCCCUUUACUCCCUCUUGCCCUGUCGCAUCUGAAACAUUGGAACCUGAAAUAUUGAGCCAAUCUUGGCCUUCCCACAGCCAAGUCUCACCUUUGGCUACAAUAUCAUAAUUCCAUGAAGUUGCGAUAUUCUGACUCUUGAACUCAGUGCCAUGACUAAUAAAGACAAGCGUUCACACAUGCAUUCUUAACCACCCUAUCAACUUGGAAGCUAUGAAUUUGGAUUCAAGAUCCCUCUGCUCAUCAGCACUGUUAAGGGUCUUGCCCAUGUCUACAAGUGAUCUGAAUCUUGCUGUAUUUUUUUCCAAUCUUCUAUAUUAUCUACAACACUACGAAUCUUCGUAUCAUCUGCAAGCUUACUAACCCAUCCAUCCAGAUCAUUUAUAUAGAUCACAAAAAGCAGAGGUCCCAGUACAGAUCCCUGUGGAACACUACAAAUUGCAGUCCUCCAGCCUUCGACCACCUUCCUCUGUCUUCAAGCCUGUUCUGUAUCCAAAUGUCCAAUUCACCAUGGAUCCCAUGCAUCUAAAUCUUCUGGAUGAGCCUCCCACAAAGGUUAAACACCUUAUUAAAAUCCAUCUUGACAUCAUAAAGAGGUCUACCUUUAUCAAUCACCCUCAUCAUUUCAAAAAAUUCAGUCAAGAAAGAAAGACAUGGCUUGACCCACAGAAAGCUGUGCUAGCUGUCCCUAAUUAGGCCACAGUUUUCCAAAUGCUUAUAAAUCCUAUCCUUUAGAGUUCUCUCCAUUAACACUGAUGUGAGAAUUGCUGGUGUAUAGUAACCAGGGUUAUCCCUGUUUCCCUUAUUAAAUAAUGGAACACUUUGUUUAAGAUUAAGGAAUAACAAAAUUGACAUAUUAUCAACAGCUCAAAAUUUUGGGCAGCUUAAAUUUGACCUAGUCAACAGAUGCUAAAUCUAACAAUAACAUUCCAAUGUUUAAUCCUGUUAAAGAAUAAAGAGUUUAUUUUUGGCAUACCUUAUAGUCUUUGAUGAAAAUACUAUUAAUCUCUUGACCAGAAUUUUGGUUAAAAUUCUCAUAAUUGAUCUGAUUAUAAUAGAUCACCUAUUUUGUCUUCUUUAAUUUCACCAAAUUGUUAGCAUUAAGAUUUCCUGAGAUCUUUCUACACCUUGUGCAUAAUGAAAACAUGCUCUUUAUUAAAUUCCUAUCUGUUGUCACAAAUUCCACUGGGGCUUGCCUUAGUAUCCAAAGGUUUUCUAGUGUGUCUGCAGUCACCUCUACAGAACUCUCAAUAACUUUAAAAAAGUAUUAGCAAGAUGCAUUAGCACAAUAAAUUUAUCAAUGAUGGCCUUAUUAUUGCUUACAGCAAACCUAUCCCUAACACGGGCUUCAAAGUUCAAAGUACAUGUAUGUCACCAUAUACAACCCUGAGAUUUGUUUUCUUGCAGGCACACUCAGUAAAUCUAAUAGCUACAGUAGAAUCAAUGGAAGACAGCACCCAACAGGGCGGACAACCAGUGUGCAAAAGACAACAAACUGUGCAAAUACAAAUGAAAAAAGUGAAAUAAUAUAAUUAACUUUCAUGGCUUGGCUUCACGAAUGAAGAUUUAGGAAGGGAGCUGCCCACAUCUGCUACAGGCUCGCUGGUGGCUGACAAGGCCAAUGCGGGACAGGCAGACCCGGCCGCAGCGACUGCAAGGGAAAAUCUUUUCUGUGUCAUGGUUAUUCCUCAUUCUCCUUUUGUCCUCAAGGCCAGCCCUGCGUGUGCUCUCGAAGGAGGAGAUAGACUUCACGAUCGGAGGCUAGAGUAGACCACUGGCGAUGGGCAAUGUGACAGGCACCAAGGGAGUUCUUCAGAGAGUCCUUGUACCUCUUCUUCAGUGUCUCCGUGUCAUGGUGGCCAGUGGAGAGUUCGCCAUACAGCACAAUCUUGGGCAGGUGAUGAUCCUCCAUCCUGGAGACGUGCCCUGCCCAGCACAGCUGUGUCUUCAACAGCAUAGCCUCGAUGCUGGUGACCUCCACCUGUUCAAGGACUUCAAUGUUGAUGAUGAAGUCACUCCAAUGGAUGUUAAGGAUGGUGCAGAGGCAGCACUGAAGGAGUCGUAGGUGGUGACAGUAGGGACCCACGACUCAGAGUGUACAGGAGGGUGGUCAGUACAACGGCUCUGUACAUGCUGUCUUUGUGCCUUUCUUCAGAUGCUUGUUGUUCCAGACUCUCUUGCACAGCCUGCCAAAUGCACUGUUUGCCUUUGCCAGUCUGUUGUCAAUCUCUUAGUCAAUCUUGGCACCUGACGAGAUGGUGCAUCCCUGUUAGCUGAACUGGUGGACUGUCUUCAGCUCUGCCUCGCCGAUGGUGAUGCAGGGAGGGUGGUAAUCUUCCUGAGGUGCGGGCUGAUGGAGAACUUCAGUCUUCUUCAAGCUGACUUCCAGUCCGAAGAGCUUGGCAGCCUCUGCAAAGCAAGAUGUUAUACGCUGCAGGGCUGUCUCCGUGCAGGCAGUAAGGGCAACGUUGUCGGUGAAGAAUAGCUCUCGGAUGAUUUGCUCCAAUGUCUUGGUGUGGGACUGUAGUCGCCUCAGGUUGAACAGGUGCGGUAUCAGAUGUAGACACCAUCCUCACCAUCAAGGUCUUCUGUGGCUCUUUCGAACAUCAUGCUGAAGAAGAUGGUGAAAAGAGUCGGUGCGAGGAUGUAGCCUUGCUUUACACCUUUGCCUAUUGGGAACGGCUCUGAGAGGUCAUUGUGUCUGACUUGGCCACUCUGAUCUUCAUGUAGCUGAAUGACCAUGCUGAGGAAAUUUGGGGGCACCCCAGUUGUUCCAUGAUUAGCCACAAGACCUUCCCUGCUCACGGUGUCCAAUGCUUUAGUAAGGUCGACAAAUGUACAUCACAUACUGUCCCUUGUUCUGUUCCUUACAUUUAUUUUUGGAACUGCCCUGAGAACAAAUACCAUGUCAGUGGUGCUCCUGUUGGCUCUGAAGCCACACUGGCUCUCUGGGGGGUGUACUUCUGCAAUGAUGGGCAUCAGUCUGAUCAGGAGUACUUGUGCAAGGAUUUUUCCUGCAAUGAAGAGCAGAGUUAUUCCCCGAUAGUUGGAGCAGUUGGACUUUUCCCCCUUGUUCUUAUACAGGGCGAUGACAACUGCUUCAUGGCGGUCCUGUGGUAGUUUGCCUUAUUCCCAGCAGCAAAGUGGAGUGUAGUGUGUAACGCUGGGCCCCCAUGCUUUCAAAACUCUUGUGGGAUUCCAUGAACUCCUGCUGCCUUGCCACUUUUCAGUGGCUCUAUGGCCUUGACAGUCUCUUUUAGGGCUGGAAUCUGGUCCAUUUCUGUUUUCUCUGGCUGUUGUGGGAUGCGAUGAAUUGCUGAGUCUUGGACCAUGCGGUUGGCGCUAAGGAGAGUCUGGAAGUGUUCCAAUCACCAGUUCAGGAUAAAUACCUUGUCUGUGAAGAGCACCUGGCCAUCUGCACUGUGCAAGGGACUCUGGACCUGGUGCGAAGGGCCGUGCACUGCUUUCAGGGCUUCAUAAAAUCCUCUGUAGUCACCGGUGUCUGCACAAAGCUGAGUUCUCUUUGCGAGGUUGAUCUACCACACGUUCUGAAUCUCUCGAAACUUGCGCUGGAGGUUGUUGCAUACGAGGUGGAAGGCUGCUUUCUUACCAGGACAAGACGGCUGAGCAAGGUGUGCCUGGUGGGCGAAUCUCUUCUUCGCCAGCAAUUCUUGGAUCUCCUGGUUAUUUUCAUCGAACCAGUCCUUGUUCUUUUUGGAAAGCCCUAGGACUUCUUCAGAGGUCUGCAGGAUGGUGGCUUUUAGGUGUCCCAAAGCACUUCUGGAGAGGGGUCUGUGGGGAAACUGGGAUCGUCAAAUCUAGACUGAACAUUCGCCUGGAAGUCAGCUUUCACUUCAAGUUUCCAACCUGAAACUUCUCUCUUGGAGUGCCUCCUCUCUUUCACUUGGGUUUGAAAUAGAGACUGAGUUUGCAGCGGACAAGACGAUGGUCCAUAUGUCACUCUGCGCUGGGCAUCACUCGGGUGAGUAAGACAUCCCAAAGAUCUCUCUGGUGCACCAUGUAGUCUAUGAGGUGCAAAUGCUUGGACCGAGGAUGCAUCCAAGUUUGUCUUCAGACUGUCUUUCUGAUGGAAAAUGAUGUUGGUGAUGUGCAAAACUCUAACAGAAAGUGCCCGUUGUCAUUGCAGUUUCCAAACCCAUGUUUGCCAAGUACUCCUUUCCAGGCUUCGGCAUCUUGGUUUACUCUGGCACUGAAGUCGCCAAAGGUGAUGACCUUGUCGUCUGCAGGGGCGUUCUGUACGAGGUUGCACAGAUCAGUGUAACAGUGUAAGGCUGCCUUCCUCUGGGAAGCGGACUUCACUGAGAGCAACGAUGUCAGCUUUCAGUCUUAAGUUCAUGCACAACCAGAGCAGAGCAUCGUUCUGGGCGACCACUGCCUGCUGAAUUGAGCAUGGUUCUGAUGUUCCAGCAUGCAAGCUUUAGUCCUUGCACUCCUUGUGAGGCAGGAUGUACUUUUUCUUUUUUGUUGUUGUUUGACCACAUUUGAGGAUGCCCAUUGACCGUGGCUAGCCAACUGGGGGAAAUGGAAAUGAUCUUCGAUUCGGCCACCUUUUCUAGGCCCCUCUCUGUGUGGAGCAAGCUGUGCUGUCCCCGGAGAAGGCUGCUUGGUCAUUCAGGGUGCUACCGAAUGAUAUCGUCAUCUCUGGGGUCAACAUCAGUACACCUGAACUGCCUACAUGCAGGAUCAGAACUGCGGCUUCCAGUGUCGUCAUCUACCUGCCAUUUUUGCCCCUUUCCCAUCACUACAGGGCUUGAUGAAUGGUUGGGGGAGGAUGGUCAUAGACAUGGGCGUGUCCUUCGGCCUGCGCAAUGGUUUUUUUACGUGGAGGGCAGUGUGUGCAGUACUGGCCCCACCCUUUACACCCGGGGUUCAUCUGCCGUAGCCUAGCAAGCUGGGACGGUGACAGCGAUGUCCUCGGGUCCUAGGAGUUACAUCGGACUGACCUUCACUUAGGUGGAUGGCCUGACGAGGCUAACGAUCUCCACCUGCCCGGGUUUGGAGUCAGAGUUGUCCUUCUCUUCAGCUGGCUGCCAACCAAGGCUAACGAGCCCAGCCCACCCAUCCAGUUAUACCGCCGGAUACACGGUCACGCCACGACGUAGCAAGCUCGGUGGAAACGGGGGCACCAAUGAGAAGAUGUUGCUAUGGACACAGUAGUGUAGGAGAGGCCAUUUGCAGUGACCUCCUGCCUAGCAAGCUAGACAGUGACCACGAGGCGAUCACUACACUGGGAAAGGAGAGGCGAUGUAUUGAGUGUGCACUUUUUCUGGGUGAGUGGGACAUCAGACCUCACCGCCCCGCCCCCCAGAUAAUUAAUAAAUAUCAAGCACGUGAGACUAACAGUCCUUGAAAGUGAGUCCGUAGGUUGUGGUAACAGUUCAGUGAUGGGGUGAGUGAAGUUAUCCCCUCUGGUUCAAAGGGUAAUAACUGUACCUGAACCUGGUGGUGCGAGUCCUGAGGCUCCUCAACCUUUCUGGUGGCAGCAAAGAGAAGACAGCAUGACCUGGUGAGUGGAGGCCCUCAUGAUGAAUAGUGCCUUCCUGCACAAUGCUUUGUGUAGAUGUGCUCAGUGGCGGGGAAGGCUUUACUUUCUGCAAUAUUCAUUGUUGGUGGAACCCCACCGUCACCUGCCUGGCCAAGGCUCUAUGAUCUCCAUGCAAUUUUUGGAGCAUCACUUACUCUCCUUUGCACUUCGUAUCUUCUCUUGACAUCAGAUUCCUUUUUGUCUCAACCACUCUUAUCAGCAUUACCUGCCCUAACUCACUCAGUUGUUCUAGCGUACUCACCUUUCUUUUCCAGAACUAGAAAUUUUAUCAAUUAACACAACCUCUUACUAGUGGCAUCACUUUUAUCUGCAUCAUUAAGCAAAUAUUCAAGACAAAUCUUCAUAUCACUAAUGUUGCCCAUAUCAUUACUCAAAAGAUGCACAAUUUUAAUCAUAUCAGAAAUCCAGGCACUAACUACAUUAAUAACAACCAUGUUUUUGGAUUGAUCACUAUUAUUCGCAAUCUCAUAGCCUCCGACAGUAAAACAAGAUAAUUAACAUCUACUCUGUUCACAUCCACUUCAUCAAUUUCCCUCUGCAUUCCUAAAGAAUCAUCUGUCCGCCCACCACCCCCAAUGAAUUCUGCAGUGUGAUGCUUAUCUGAAUUUUGUAUAUUUGUAUUAGUUGGUAUCUUCCCUUCAAUGAAUUUAUUGAUCACAUUCUAAUUGAAAUAAGAACUAAUCCUUUUAUACAUGGUAAGUUUUACUCCCAUUGAAUGUGAGUUUCAGUCCCGUACUUGGUAGAGUGUGACUCCAUUUCAGGUUUAGAAUAUCAUUUUACAUGUUCAGCCAAUCAGAUGUAUACUUUUCAGUAAUCUUCUAGUGCAUUCCAGCACUUAAAAAUGUUUCAUCUUGAAGGUACAGAUACAAAACAGUUAGAAUUUGGUUACCAGUGUGAUUAGACUUUCAAUUUGUUAGUAUUCACUCCAGAAGGGUCAGUGAACUCCUAAUAAAGUUAAACGUUUUGAAUAAUUUCAAUUCCAGCUAGUGUAGGGUGAAAUCCAGCUAGGUAAUGAAAAGAAUGAAUAUUGAUUUGUCCAUGCCUGAUUGUGUAAAAGUCUCAUUUAUGUUAUUGACCAUCUGCUUUCAAAGCUGAAUGUAUGUAAUUGUUCAGGUAGAUUUCUUAAAAAUGAUUUAAUUCCUGCUCACAUUUUUAACAUAUCAGAUGUAAAUAUAUAU